AACGUCAAUGUAAACAUGCCCUAAACCACAGAAAUUCUUGCGUCUAUCUAUCUCGCCGUCUACAAACCAAAAUUGCCUGCCUAUCUAUCUAUUAAAAGACUAAUUUACUUUGUUAAUAUUAAAAUUAAAACCCGUAAUAUUCGACACAUUACAUAAAUUUACCUAUUUAAAUUGGCAUAUAUCGGAAUUCUGGAUAUUAUUCAAGUUUUGGUGUAAAAAUGUUAUCUACCAGUGCCUUUUGUCAACAGUGCAAGCUUCAAAAAUAAACAUAUGACAUGAUUACUUGGACUGGCUGUCUUCAUUUGUUUUCAUUAUGACAAAGCGCCGAAGAAUCCUGCACGCCGACAAAAUUAUACAAAAUGUUAUAUAUGUGUUUUGUUUGUUAAUGUUUUUACAAUUAAAAGGUUAUUAUGGACUUAACAAUAAUUCAAUUCUACUUUAUUCUACCGAGUCUGAUAUCAGACUUGUCAAUGUACAGAAACUAGGUAGGGCAAAUGCAAUUAUCAAAGAUCUAAAACAAGGAUCAGCAGUUGACUUUAUUCAUCAUAAGAGCUUAAUAUGCUGGUCUGAUCAAACAGCUGAACUAAUACAAUGUAUGCGUUACAAUGAAACCCAUCCAGGAGAGAAGGUGAAAAUAGUAUCAGAAGGUCUGAUAACACCAACUGGUAUUGCAAUAGAUUGGUAUACUGACAAAAUAUACUGGACUGAUGGAGAGACAAAUAGAAUAGAAGUUAUAAGUAUAGAGCAUAAAUACAGAAAGGUCCUAUUCUGGUCUGAGGUUGAUCUGGCCAGGGCUAUUGCUGUAGUUCCUAAAGAAGGUUUAUUGUUUUGGACUGAUUGGGGUGAAGUGCCCAAGAUUGAAAGGGCUGGCAUGAAUGGGGAUCCAUCUAGCCGUAGAGUUAUUGUGAAAGACAAUAUUUUCUGGCCAAAUGGCAUAACAAUUGAUUACGACAAAAAUUUAAUCUACUGGGUGGACGCGAAACUUCAUUUUGUUGACGUCGUAGAUUUUAAUGGUGAAAAUAGAAGAAAAGUUGUGAAUGGUGGAUUGGAAUACCCAUAUGCGUUGACUAUUUUCAAUGAUAAACUGUAUUGGACAGACUGGAAAACCUGGUCAAUUCACACAUGGGACAUUUCAACAAAUGGCCCCAUAAAAGAUUUGAUAAAGUCUAACCCUGUCCCAGUCGAUAUCAAAGCAUAUGAUGGCAGCAGACAGCUGAUGCCGGCUGUACCACACCCGUGCAAUGUCAACAAUGGCGGAUGCUCACACCUGUGCCUUCUAUCACCAAACCCUCCUGGCUACGAAUGUGCGUGCCCAACAGGUGUAAAAUUAAAAGAGAACAGUAAUACCACUUGUUACAAUAAACCACAAACGCUGCUACUGAUUGCACAGAGCUGGACUAUCUCCAAGAUAUCCCUGGAUUCACUAGAUUUCACGCCAUACUCUCUGUCGUUGAAGGAUCUAAAGAAAACCCAGACUGUUGACUUUGAUCCGAAAACUGAAUAUAUUUAUUGGGCUGAUAGCAUGACAAAAACAAUAUCUCGUGCACGUUUGGACGGCAGUGAACAAUCAGUUGUGAUACACAACAGCGGUGUGGUAGACAACAUUGCUAUAGACCCAUUAGCUCGGAAUAUAUACUGGACGGAUCCUAUUGCUGACACCAUCACUGUGGCUAGACUUGAUGGUAGUGCUAGAAAGGUGUUGAUCCACGAAGAGCUCUACGAUCCUCGUGCCAUAGCCCUCUACCCGACAGCUGGCUGGAUGUUCUGGUCCGAUUGGAAUGAAAAGAAACCCAAAAUUGAGCGUGCUAACUUAGAUGGCAGCGAGAGAAUGUUGAUAAUCUCCGAGAAACUCACCUGGCCCAAUGGUAUCGCUUUAGAUACAGUCAAUAAUAAACUCUAUUGGGGUGAUGGCAGAACGCACAAAAUUGAGGUGUCAAAUAUGGACGGCUCGGAUCGCCGUGAGGUGCACAGCAGUGACAUCCUCCACAUCUUCGGGCUAACGCUUCUCGGCGACCGGCUCUACUGGACAGACAUACAGAGACGUACUCUGUACAGAGUUAACAAAAAUACAGGCCUAGAGAGACAGACAGUGGUGGAUCAAAUGGCGAACAUGAUGGGCGUGAAAGCGUUCAAGAUGGGCGACCCGCUCGGCUGGAACCCGUGCGCGGACGACAACGGCGGCUGCUCACAUUUGUGCUUCAAUAGGCCCACCGACUACGUGUGCAGUUGCCCUUUAGGCUUAGAGUUGGACAAUGACAGGAAAACGUGUAUAGAGCCAGAAGCUUUCUUAGUAUAUAGCCGAAAAAAUAUAAUCGGCCAUAUUGGAAUUGAACAUGCGAAUAACGAUGCCAUAUUACCUAUUAAAGAGUUAAAAGAAGUUAGUGCGUUAGCAGUCCACAUAUCUGAAGCGAAGGUGUAUUGGUCAGAUAGCAAGACGAAAACAAUCAAUCGAUGCUCUAUAAAUGGUACCAAUGUGGAGAAGAUACUUGAGUGGACCGGACUGGUUGAAGGUCUCGCAAUAGACUGGUCAGGGCACAACAUCUACUGGACCGACACGACAUUGCAACGCAUAGAAGUAGCCAGGCUGGAUGGCUCCAGCAGACGCACGCUCAUCUGGCAAGGGCUGAAGAAACCAAAAAGUAUUGCAUUGGAUCCUAAGAGAGGAUAUAUGUACUGGUCAGAACUGGGCUCCAAAUGUAUAAAGCGCGCGACCAUGGACGGCUCGUCUCCCACCGUGAUAGUGGAGCAAGUUGGUCGGGUACACGCGCUAGCUAUCGACCUCGAGCGCCGCGCCCUCUACUGGGCCGCGCUCGACCCGCCCGCGUUGCAGUGCAUCUACCUCAAUGGCACCGGCAGGACUACUCUAGCCGAUAACGUGUCCAUGCCGUACGCGCUUACUCUAUACGGCGAUAGAGUGUUUUGGGGUGAUUGGAAUACUGGACUCAUAGAAUCAGCAAAAAAGACGGACGGCAGCGAUCGCCGCAGCCUAUACAAGCAGCUGGAUUACAUUUCCGACCUGAAGAUGUUCGGUCGUCGCGACGGCGGCGGCGGCAACCAGUGCGGUGUCGACAACGGCGGCUGCUCCCACCUUUGCCUACCGCUACCCACCGAUUACCGCUGCGGUUGUCCCGCGCACUACCGCCUCAAUAGAGACAAUCUUACCUGCUCCGAACCCGAAGAAUUCCUAUUAUUCGCUCAAAAGAACGCUAUAGGAAGGAUAUUGGUUGCAAAUGGCGAAUGCGCUGACGCAUUUAUCCCACUCACUGGACUGAAGAAUGUCAAAGCCAUAGAAUAUGAUCCUAUCAGCAAACAUCUUUUCUGGAUGGAAGAGGACGUCCACACUAUACGUCGAGUACCAAUAUCAUAUUCGAGCACAUCUGCCAUCAGCGACGCGUCAGUGGUGGUCGCGAGCAUCUCGAGACCGUUCCACAUGGUUCUGGACGUCCUCGGCCGCACAUUGUAUUGGACGUGCAUAGACGCGGAUUCAAUCAACGCCACAUCUAUUACUAACAAUUCGUCUGUAGGCGUCGUACUGAGAGGAGAGGGUACGAUGCCCAGACAUUUGGCUUUCCAUCAAACUAAAAGAUAUCUAGUGUGGAACGACGUGGGCUUAAGCGCCAUAAUGCGGUCGAACGUAGACGGCACUGCCCGCACGUGGCUGGCGGCCGCUGCCAACGCGACCGCGCUCGCGCUUGACCAACCCUCCUCCACUGUCUACUGGGCCGUCAACCGGCAGAUCUACGCCGUCGACCUCGACUCCGACAACAACAAAACGCGUAUAGUGUGGCAAGGCGGAUGGGUGGGCGGGCUGGCGGCGUACGGCGGCUCGCUGUACCUGUCGGCGGGCGGCACGGGCCCGGCGGCGGCCGAGCGCGCGCUGAUGCGGCUGGCGCUGCACAGGCGCGAGGCGCCGGCGGCGCCCGUGCCGCACGUCACCCGCCUCGUCGCCAUCGUCACCGUGCACAAGGUGGCACGCGAGCAUCCGUGCUACGGGGGCCGCGCGUGCGGCGGCGCGCCGGCAGCGUGCGGCGCGCGCGGCUCGUGCGGCUGCGGCCUGCACUGCGCACGCGCCGCCUGCGCGCCCGGACACUUCCGCUGCGACUCCGCGCAUGCGUCACACGCACUCCACGCGCCACACACACCACACGCACCCCGCCUACACUGCAUACCAAUGAACUGGAGGUGCGACGGACAGCAGGACUGCCCGGACGGGUCGGACGAGGGCGCGGCGUGCGGCGAGUGCGCGGGCGGCGGCGGCGGCGCGGGGCUGCGCUGCGCCGACGGCGCGUGCGUGGGCGCGCUGCGAGACUGCCGCGCCGGCGCCUACUGCGCACUCGCCGCCAUGCCGGAAGCCUUCCGCUGCGACGACCGUCUGUGUCUGUCGGAAGAGUUAGUAUGUGAUGGACACCGGCACUGCGAGGACGGUUCCGACGAGCUGCUAUCCUCUUGCGAGUUCGCGCAGAAAACUGAGGGUCGAGUGUCCGGUCGGCAGUCCAACGCGUUUGUGGUGGGCGGCGUAUUAGCUGGUGUCGCGGGCUGCGUGGCGGCCGCGUGGCUGGCGCUGCGCCGCCUGCGCCGGCUGGGGCGCCGGCCGCCCGCCCCCGCCGCCCACCCAGCGCUGCCCGCGAUCACCGCCCGUACAAAACUGCCACCCACGCGUGCCCGACCCCUCGGCGCCAGCUGCACCGAGGCAUCGGAGAGCCUGUGCGAGCGGUACCCGCGGCCGACCGCGAACCCGCCGCCGAGCCCGGCCACCGCCAGCGGCGCGUCCCUGGCGGCGUCGGCGGGGGCGCCGCGCCGCCGCGCCUACAGGCACUACCGCGCCAUGAACCGGCCGCCGCCGCCCACGCCCGCCUCCACCGACGCCUGCGAGUCCGAGCCCGAGCACAGCGCCCGCGCGCCGCCGCCCUCGCCCGCGCCCUGCCUCUAUUGACUCAAACGCGCCUCUACUCACUCGUACGCGACUCUAAUGUUUCUCACGUGUCUUACUGAUUAAAACGCCUCUACUGAGUCAUACGUGGUUCUAAUCUUUCUCACGUGUCUUACUGAUUAAAAUGCGCCUCUACUGACUCGUACGCGGCUCUAAUGUUUCUCGCGUGUUUUGCUAAUUAAAACGCCUCUACUAAGUCAUACGUGGUUCUAUUUGCUCUUGCGUACCUAUACUGACUGAAACGCACUUCUACUGACUGGCGUGCUUUUACUAAUUCGCAUGGGCAUCUCUUAACUUAAAAAUGUUUCUAGUAACUCAGACUCGCCACUAUUGACUCAGACACGCCUCUAUUGACUCAAAGGCAUCUCUAUUGACUCCAGCGCGCCUCUACUGACACUAGCACGCCUCUACAGUAUUAUACAUCUCUAUGGCUACUGCCCAUCUAGCUACAGACAGGUAGAUCUAUUGACAGGUAGUAAUGCACACUGAUGACUACAGCGCCUCUAUUGAGGUACUAACGACUAUUCUCAUGUACUGACGUCUCUACUACGUCUCCAUAGACAACUUUAAUGGUAAACUCUACUGCGUCUCUUUCGGCGCCUUUAUGUGUUGGCGUUUCUGAGCAUAAUCUACAUAUAAUUAGAUUUUCAAUCUCCAAAUAUUAUAAUGACAGAGUGUCGGUUACCAGAAUCCACUGACAAAUAAACCAAAAGAUGUUAUUUUGGCGAAGUUUCCCUGAAUUACUGAUAUCAAACCAAUAUCGAUAAGGAACAAACAACAAUUUAGUUUUACGUUUACCGAUAAUAACUGAUUAAUGACUACAUCCAAUACAAAUUGUCACCGUGCGAGUUUUUCUCACACAGUUCCUUAAAAUAUAAAAAUUAUAUAUAUUAAGCUAUACGCACGCCCUCGUGGAGAACACCGCGCGCGAAAAUUUAAUACCUUAUUAAAAAUUCUUUUAAAAAAAUCAUGCGUUGAAAAUGCACAGUGCGAACAGAUCAUUACGGAAAGAGAGCGAUGAUAUAAUGUAAUUUUUCUCAAACAUGCUUGGAAAUGUGAGCAUUAUUUUGACAAUCUUCUUAGAGAUAAAUCAAAAUUGUCGUACUGGCCAGAUACAUGCGGGCAGCAGCCGGCAAAAGUUGUAUGAAAAUCCAUAUCUGUCGUGUAAAAUGGAAUGACCUUUUACUUCGAAAAAUGGCUACCAAGGAGGUAACUAAUAAAAGGUCUUAUUUAAAUUUCGAACUGGCUUGCAAAUAGAAAACUGUUUAUUGAAAAAAAAAACAAAAGAACACUAUGACGCGUGAAAAAUUAUUAUUGUUCGUUAUUCGUCAUUGAACUUAAAAAGUAAAAUUGUGUUUUCGAUUUCCGCGCAUUGUUUGAGAAAAGUACUAUACAAGCCUUGGCCACAACUAGGCAUUGAUGGACUCACGUAUGUGUGCCUCGGCUACGCCUCGGCCCAAAUUUCACGUUCGUCCAUCAAUGCCUCAGUUGCUGGCCGCUGCAGUAAUGUACUAUAAAUUGACACAUUAGAUUAUUUAUUUGUCAUUGCUUUUGUAGAUCUUUCAGAAAAAUCGAUACUUUAUCACUCGCAAUGAUAGUUGAUUUUUUUUUUUAAUUAUAAUCAUGACAUGUAACGGUACUAUCCUGACUGAACAGAGUCAAUGAAUACGAUCAACCGAAAAAACAAUGUUUCACUCUCAAUGGUUACUAUAUUUGAUGCCAUGGUUUAAAUCAACGUUGUAGUAUUUAUUAGCAAUAUUUAAUAAAACUUUGUAGAAUUUACUAGAAAAAUCGAUUACAUCACUUGCCACCUGGUAUGGCUGAUAACGAAUGCGACGAUAAAUUGUGUAUUACUCUGUUCAGACAUACGCCCCUUUGUUAUCAGUAAAUGCAUCCCAGAUGGCACGAAAUGGUACUAUCAAUAUAUAUUUUUUUAUAUUAAUGAGUUAUCCGAUAUCGGUAUAACAUUGAUGCUAUUUUUGACAAAUUUAAAAAAUGUGGUCUUAAGCUUUUUUUGGUUGACGAUGUCUUUUAACCGGCUUUUUAAAUGAAGGGGGUUAUACCAAUUAUUUUGUGAACUGAUUUUAAAUAGUUUAAUCAAAUGUUUAUUUUUUAAUCGAGAAUUUAACAUAAUUAUAGAUUUAGGAUAUUUUUAUUAAGUAAUCGUCGCCCCUAGACGAAGGUUUCGAUAGAAUUGUUGUCGCUAGCUAAUUUACAAGACAGAAUGAGACGGCGACAUGCGUUAUCUUGUUCUUUCUCAUGCUAGCGUUAACUGAAACAAUUCUACCAAGACAUUCGUCACUUAUCUAGAGGGGCACAAUUGUCUUAUACUAAUUUCGAGAAAUUGAAUUAAAUAUUUUUUGUUUUUAUCGAUAAUUAUUUUUAAAAAAUUCUGACGAUGCUAACAGCUAUAAAUUGGUUUUAAAGCACAAAUGUCAUUAUAUUAAACACAAUUGUAAUAUUAUGAAAAUACAGUAUUUGCUUUAAUUUCAUUUAUGUCAAAAAUUUAUUAUUGUGCCCCAUAACCCAGAUAACAAAGUAAGCUCUACGACUAUAGAAAUCCUUGAUUCUCUGUUUCUUUUACAAUAUUACGUAUAUUUAGUGACCUAAAGUAACUAAAUAUACGUAUUUUUAAAUUCACAGCUGUCACAGAGCUCACCUUGUUCCCUGAAAUAGCUGUUAGCUAAUUAUUACAUCAUACAAUAUAAAUAUGACUAUAUGAUCAUUAUGCCAAUGACAGAGUGCAUUUCUGAGCACGGAACACUAAUUAUUCAUUACAAUAAUUGCAAUUUAUGUGAAUGUGCAAAAUAUAUAAUAUGUUGUGGUGCUAUCUCGCUGUAUGUGCCUCAUUAGUAUAUAAGAAUACGAAUUAAAUAUAGUAUUAUAUGUGCAUAUUAAUUAUAAUGUUAAUUGUAAAUAUAGUCUGAAAUUUUAUGUAUAGAUGUUAAGGAAUUUUUAAGUAUUAGUACCCAGUAUGACACAGUCUAAAGAUCUCUCCUACCAGUCAUCUAAUAGAUAUGUCUAAAAAGAGCAAUGCGUCCCUAAUUAGAUUAUUAUCAUAUAAUUGUUCGGAAUAUGCUAAAAACACACUAUUAUUGCCGCAGCACCUAGAUGAGAGUACGCUCGAGACUGGUACCUUUGUCCCUACGCACAUACAUUUUUUUUAUACAGCCUGUAUUAGCAAACAAAUUGACGGCUCACUUGUAUAGAAAACACUAAUGUCUAUGUAUGGGCUGUCUUCUAUAUGUUACAUUGCCCAAUACUAAGACAUCAUUCCACGGUCAUAUCCCAACCUCAAUCCUACAAAUCCUGCAUGGCACAAAAAAAUCAUAAUAGUUUUAUAGUUUUAGUGUUCUAAAUUCAAAUCUGCUUUUCAAAUCAUAAUAAUGAUUCCAUGAAUAAACCAAAUAGUCUAUUAGUGUCUGUGGACUAUAAAUGAAAUGAUACAUCGCGAUGCUACUGAUAAACUUUUGUCUAUACUUUUUUUUUUUUAAUAUAAAAAUACUAAAACUAUCACAAAAAAAAUCUAUUAGUAAAAUUCGUUAUUGCAUCUUUGGAAGAUUUUUUAUGUUUUAUUCUUCUGACCUCUCGCAUUCAACAUAUCGUAUAAUACUUCGUAUAUUAUUAUUAAUUCUUGAAUAGAAAUCAGUUUAAAAAAAUAAUUACUGAAAUUGAAAUCUAGCAUUUUAAAAUAUUCUACUUAAUAAAACUCAAAAUCUUUUUCCUAAAUUAAUAAUAAAAAAAACUAUACCUACCAUACUGUCACAGCUAUAUAUAUACAAUAAAGAUGUUUCAUAUGAAUAAGUAUUGUGAUUGUGCUAUAGUUGCCAAUUUGCAUUUAAUUUUUUAUUAGUUAUAGAAAAGAAUGUAACGCUUAUUUUAAUAUGCCUUAAUUAUUUUAUUUCACUUCAAUUAUGUACAUUUGACUUGUAAAAAUACUAAAUCCGACUGACUUUGAGAUUUUCUAAAAUAAACUUUUGUACCUGUUA